AUGGCUCCUAAGACAUACCUUCAGUGUGUGCAAGCCGCGCUCAGCGCUGCCUUGAAGGAGAACAAAGACAAGGUCUCUCAGGAAGAUGUUCGUUUCAUCGUCUUAGAGAUGUUUGAGCUUGAAGGUAGAUUGCCUGGUCCAAACUAUGAAACAUUCGUGGAGGUUGCCCUCCUCCGUGAGGUUGUGAAGUCUCGCCGUGUUGAGAAAACCUCAGGGGAUGCUCCCGGCACAUACCGCAUCACAAAAGCGGGUCUCGAUUUCUACAAGUCCUUCGGCAAGUUUCCGUUGUUAUCAAGAGGAGAUCGGAGGCUGGAGCGUAUGUCAAUGAAGAAGAUCGCUCGCCAUAUACGUGUGCUUCGCAGUGUACUCAAGGACUGCCAAAGUACGCUAAGGGAUAUCUGCCCUACAGCUGGCGAGGAAGACUCCGUCGUGGACAUGACUAAAGUGGUCUCGGAUGCGAUCGAACUCGAAGUCAACCAGAACAUUGUUCUUAACAAGAUCUUGGAGGAAAAAUGCAGCGAGAAGAGGAACUUGUACGAAUACCACCUAUGA